UUUGUAAACAUUUACCUUUAAGGUUUAUGCAAUUAUUUUCCCAAGUGUAUAUUUUAAAUGAUGAAUGCGCAUUUUUUGAUUGUUUCGCUGUCGCAAUUUAAGGAAAAUGCCCAAACAUAUGCACAUACAUAUGUACAUGCGAAUGAAUGUAAAUUUAUGAAGCCCUCGCUCAAUUCAAGUAAAACAUUUUUCUGAACUCAAACCGUUUCAGUGACUCGAGCGGGUAACACGUAAAUUAUCUCGAUCUGUUAAGUAAUUGUUUAGUACAGCUUUUUGCAUCCAAAAAUUGCAGACAAUUAAAGUGAGUGAUGUCAAUUCACAAAUGGUGGACAUUGUUCAAAUCUAAUUUAAGUGCGACCGCCUUUAAUUCUAAAAUGAAAAUCAACAGCGAUUCAAACCAGGAACAAUACUACAGACGAAAUAUUUUAGGGAAACUUAAUGCUGCGGAUUGCGCCAGCUAUUCCCACAAUUUAUUUAUUGAAUAUAAGCUACAAUUAUUUUUCUGGGCUGCAGUAUGCUGCUGUGUUCUCAUAUUUUUGAUUUGUCUGGCUAUAUGUAUUUCUAUAUAUGUAUAUUUUUUAAGCUAAUCAAAGUUAAAGUUAUAAGUGGUUCAAUCUAAGGUAA